CCUUUUUUUAGAAUAAAAAAGACAGUGCAGAAAAACAAAGAAGAAAGAAGGGAAAAGGAGUUUCUUUCCCAUCAUUUUCCAAAUGUAUCGAGUAAAUCCAUAUCUACAGUACUAUUAAAGCACCCAAAAAAAUUUAGAAAAAAAUGAAUUGAAGGGUGUAAUAAUAAUCAAGAUUUUGUUUAAAAAAAAAAAAAACUUAAAUCAAACCAAAACCUAAAAUUUGCCGUUAAUUUUACCGCCAUGUCAAUGCGAAGACGAACAUUGCUCAAGGUCAUUGUUCUCGGCGAUAGUGGGGUGGGCAAGACGUCGUUGAUGAAUCAAUAUGUUCAUAAGAAGUUUAGUCAGCAAUAUAAGGCUACAAUUGGUGCAGAUUUUGUCACUAAGGAACUCCUGAUUGAUGAUCGCCUUGUCACUCUGCAAAUAUGGGAUACUGCGGGUCAGGAGAGGUUUCAGAGUCUCGGAGUUGCCUUUUAUAGGGGUGCAGAUUGCUGUGUGCUAGUUUACGACGUUAAUGUGAUGAAAUCAUUUGAUAGCCUUGAUAAUUGGCAUGAGGAAUUUCUUAAACAGGCAAAUCCCACUGACCCCAGGACGUUUCCGUUUAUAUUGCUUGGAAACAAGAUAGAUAUAGAUGGUGGUAAUAGUCGAGUGGUCUCCGAGAAGAAAGCAAAAGAUUGGUGUGCUUCAAAAGGAAACAUACCUUACUUUGAAACAUCAGCAAAAGAAGAUAUCAAUGUUGAUGCUGCCUUCCUAUGUAUUGCCAAAACUGCUUUAGCAAAAGAGCGCGAGCAGGACAUAUAUUUCCAGGGCAUCCCAGAGUCUGUGACUGAGACUGAGCAAAAAGGUGGUUGUGCAUGUUGAUUACAAGGCAAACUCUCUUUAUUCUUGGUUGCCCUAUGCUUCCAUUUUUUCUGGUUCCUAUCAUUGAUUUCCAUUUUUUGUAUACAUUGUAUUCUAAACUCCCUUGAUCUAAGCAUUAUUUGCUGUUGGUUUUUUUUUUUUUUGGGGGGGGGGGUGGAGUAGAGAUGAACUUUAAGAGUCAAAAUUUGUAGAAUUGCUACUUUGCUUUGAGUUUUAAAUGAGGGAUGUAUGUUGUAAUGAUAAUAUUUGGAUUAGCUUGCGCCCAAGAGAUGAUUAUUCAUGUUUUAAUGGAUAUUUGAUUCAUGAAGAUGGU